AGAAGCAAUAUAUAAUUGCAACAAUAACAAUCACCAGCCCCCACCAAACAAUAAUCACAAUGCUGCUUCCGUUGCUCUUCCUGCUCCUCCUCACGCCCCAAGUUCUCUCUCACAACAUUUCUCAAACACCUGGUGUGCAACUCAAACCAAGCAACCGGAAGCCGCCCGACAACGAAACCAUCUACAGAGUGUCCAAGCAGCUCUGCUGGGGCUGCAUCACCGAGUCCAUAGAGUUCCUAUUCGCGCACAAUCUGAUCCGAGCGGCCAAGUUUGAGUUGCCACUGGCGUGGAACUUCCAGCUGGAGAAGUACGCGCGGUGGUGGGCAGGGCAGCGGAAGGGGGAUUGUAGGCUGCAGCACUCUUUCCCGGAAGACGAUUUCAAGCUGGGAGAGAACAUAUAUUGGGGGAGUGGGUCGGCGUGGAGGGCGGUGGAUGCAGUCACUGCGUGGGCUAGCGAAGUGAAGUACUAUACGUAUGCCACUAAUAGCUGCGAGGAGGGGCAGAUGUGCGGCCAUUACACGCAGAUUGUUUGGCGAAAUACGCGCACCAUCGGCUGCGCUCGUGUUGUUUGUGACGAUGGGGAUGUCUUCAUGACUUGUAAUUAUGAUCCCCCUGGCAACUAUGUGGGUCAGCGUCCUUACUGAAACUCAAGCUUACUAUUGUCGUGAAAUGAUAUAUACUUUUUGCUUAAAUACUAGACUUAUAUCAAUUAAA